GGUGCCGUCAGGGCCUUCGCCGAGCGCCUGGCGCAGUUUGGGCACCCCGAGAGCGAGGAGCCGCGGCGCCAGGCCCACGCCGCCCUCGACAGGGUCACCCGCGCCUGCGGCCACGUCCUCACCCAGCGCCUCUUCGAGGACCUCAAGCCCUACUUCAGCAAGCUGAUGAAGCGCAAGUGGCUGACGAGCUCGGACGCCUUCGACGCCAUCGUGAUGCUCCUCACUGGCUUCGCGCAGACGCUGCGCCCGCUGCACCCCGAGCCCCACCAGGUGCUGGUGAGCGAACUGCACCGGCGGGUGCUCGUCGAGUACGUGCGGCCGCUGCUCCAGGGCCGCCUGGUCUGCGCCUCCGCCAAGGCCCGAGCCCGCGUGGCCGCCCGCCUCGGAGACGAGGCCCGGCAGCUCCGGGAGCUCUUCUCGCGACUGGACUCGGCGUCGCCGUGGUUGGACUCGGUGGUGCCGCGGCUGCGGGAGCUGCUGGUGCUGGAGGACACGGCGGCGCUGCAGAUGGAGGUCGGGGCCCUGGCCAGGGACUUCCCCGACGUCCG